CCUGGGCGGUGGUCACGUUUAUCAGCGUUUCACUGGCUUGUUGUUAUUGUGAUAUUGCUGGAUUCCAGUUACCCGGUGCCAGAGCUCACGUCUCUCUUGCAGUUCACCCAAGUUACAGAGAAAGCGGAACCACAUCCCAGGGGACUCAUCAGCGUAUCUCCCACUAGGCACGCGAGUUCAGCUGCUCCUCGCGACAAAGGCAGGGGGCUGAAUGAUGCUCGGGAGAACGAGUCGCUCCUCAGCUUCUAUUUAUUUGGAUAUACGUGUUUUCUGUGACAAUCCAGUGCGCCUGUACAGGUCGGAUUGCAGGUCCAACCCCGGACAAGCUUCGACUUGCCUGAGCUGUGGAUCCGUGUAGUGGCGGAUGAGCUGGGGAUUGGCACAGAACAGCAUGGGUCUCGGACAGUCCAGCAAGUCGGCAGCCGCCAGUCAGAGCGAAGAGGUCAAUUUCGAUCACUUCCAGAUCUUGAGAGCCAUUGGAAAAGGUACAUUCGGAAAGGUGUGUAUCGUGCAGAAGAAAGACACCAAGAAGAUGUACGCUAUGAAGUACAUGAACAAGCUGAAGUGUGUGGAACGCAAUGAGGUGCGGAACGUCUUCAAGGAGCUGCAGAUCAUGCAAAACCUGGAGCACCCCUUCCUCGUCAACUUCUGGUACUCCUUCCAGGAUGAGGAGGACAUGUUCAUGGUGGUGGACCUUCUCCUGGGAGGGGAUCUGCGGUACCAUCUGCAGCAGAACGUACGCUUCUCGGAGAGUACCGUGAAGCUGUACGUCUGCGAGGUCGCCCUGGCCCUGGACUACUUGCGGAGCAAACGCAUCAUCCACAGGGAUAUCAAGCCAGACAAUAUUCUUCUGGACGAACACGGGCACGCCCACCUGACGGACUUCAACAUCGCCGCCGUCGUAAAGGACGACCUGAGAGCCAGGUCACUCGCGGGGACGAAACCAUACAUGGCUCCAGAGUUGUUCCAGCCCUUUGACGCAACCCAUCCCGGUUACUCCUUCGCUGUGGACUGGUGGUCCCUUGGCAUCACCUCCUACGAGCUCCUACGUGGACAGAGGCCUUACGUCAUGCGGACCAGCAUGUCGUCCAGCGAAAUCCUGCAGGCUUUCCGCAGCCACCCCAUUUGCUACCCCUCUACUUGGUCCACGGAGAUGAAGUUCCUGCUCAGAAAGCUGCUGUGUCUCGACAUGGAUCGGCGUCUCUCCUGCCUGUCCGACCUGCAGGACCUGGAUUACCUGUCUGACAUCAACUGGGAUGCUGUACUCAGCAAACAGAUCAUCCCGAGUUUCCUUCCCAAUAGGAGGCGGCUGAACUGUGACCCCACCUUCGAGCUGGAGGAGAUGAUCCUGGAGUCAAAGCCCCUUCAUAAGAAGAAGAAGAGACUGGCAAGGAGGCUGCGCGACCAGCACGGGGCUGAGAACUCCCCCCAGAGCAACCAGCUUCAACAGAGACUGGAGAACAUUCAGAGGGAGUUCAUCGUCUUCAACAGAGAGAAGUUAAGAAGACUCCGAGUGGACGCAGACGUGAAGGACGUCAUCAGUAAUGAGAGGUGCAAGGACACGGAAGACGGACAGAACAAUAACGUGGUCCCCGCUACCUUCAAGUCGGGGUAACAGCUCGCGUGCGGCCCGUAGCAACACCGGUCCCAACAACCCACGAUUCCAUGGCCGUGCAUCGAAGCAAGACACCGUGAUGCCUCUCAUCCUCCCAGAGACCCUUUCCCUCCCCAUGCUGCUGGGGUUACCAGAGUCGCUCCCCCAGGGGGACUCAAGCCAAAAAAAAACAAUUGUUAGGGGAUAAGAGGUCUGAUUGGUCAUAGCAAGACAUCAGAGAAGAUACUAGGGCCUACCGGGUCACCAAUGGCAAUCUGGCGCAAGGUGCAGCAUGCUGGAGCUGCUCUGCUAUUGGCUGGCUGUCCUGCUGCGGCGAUCAUCACAAGCUGCCAGGAGAACAUCUGCAGGGUCGGCCUCCAACAGGAGGUUUCUCAACAGGAACUUAAAGGAACGGCGCGUGCGACACCGGACACCAGACUUGGGAUGUUCCCUGGCUUCGAGUAUGGGUAGUUCUGCGAAUAUUUGCCGCUGGCGAUCGCGUGGUGCAGGACGUGUUUAUGUGGUUCUCCACCUCCGCGGCUGAACGCCAGCUUUCAUUCCAGGCCAGCUUCCUGAAGAGAGCUGUCUGGAUUCAGGAGCCGAUUACACAGCUGCAUAUAAAAAUCCGAGUGAAUGAGUUAUUGAACAAAGACUGGGUGGAUUUAGAAAUUUAGACAGAGCCAAUGUCCAAUGAAGUUGUUUUCUUCUCCUGCUCUGCCAUUAAGGGCUAUCUGUCUGCGUGGCCUUCUGCUUCGCCUCGAAGCUGGAAGAGAAUCUGGUUUGAAAACAUCUGGACGUUGUUUUGACGUUUGCUGGUUGUGUUUCUCAUCGGUGAAUUCGCACCCCACAGGCGUGUGCUAAACCCGCUGAACCGAGGAGACAACGGAACAGUGGUAAAGACUUGACUGGCUAUUAAAUCCCAGACCCUGAAUAACGAUAUAGCCGAACGUCUCACCGUACAUUAGCUGACGAUGCCGAUGUACAUGAAUGAAAUCCAGCUAUGAGAAUUGCAGGUUACAGGGCCUGUAGCGUAUGAAUGCUAAGUUUACAGAUAUUAAUAAUAUGUACUGUGAAUGAAAACAAAUGUUGGAACAGAAGGGAACAUUACUAUGUGCAGUGCAGAUAUUUGCUAUUCUAAGGUGUACUUAUCCUGUCACAGAGCUAAAACAACCUGUUUAUAACCGUUAGCAGCUGUUUUUUGGUAGGACACUUUCAUAUAUAUGGGGCACCAUGCUGGCAUUGAGUCAUGUGACUUCUGUUGGCUAUUUGAUUGGCUGUCUCCUGGUGUGGACCCCUCAAAAGCAAACAUGAAAUGCGGGGAUGCUGCAAAGGCCUUUAUAGCAUAGCCGUUCUGAGGUGUGUGCGUCCUCGAUACACUAGUAGGCCACGUUGUGGCUCAUGGUCUGAAUGCAUUUGUUGAUGGAUGAUGAUAUGAAUGGAUUUUUUAGGACCACCAAGACUACUGCGUUUCUGGGUAACACUUUACUUGAGGCAAUGCUUUGAGCCAAUGUAAUGGUGUGAAAAUGUGCUAUACAAAUAAAAUUGAAUUGA